CUUGAGAGAGCCACUUGGCGAAGAUCCUCUCUCUCUCUCUCUCGCCCCCCCACCCAAAAAAAAAAAAAAAAAUCUUUUCCCAAAUUCACCCAAACGACCCUCCUUUCUAGGGUUCGUCUUGAUCGUGAGCCUCUUUCCUCUUUGUUUCUAGCGUUGGUUUAGAAGAAAGGAUUGAACUCUUAACAUGAUCAUGAAGAACCCACAAUCAUCCUUGCCACCGGGAUUUAGGUUCCACCCAACUGAUGAAGAACUCAUCCUCCAUUACCUCAGAAGGAAGGUCACAUCCUCACCUCUCCCUGUUUCCAUCAUUGCAGAGGUUGAUAUCUACAAGCUUAACCCCUGGGAAUUACCAGCUAAAGCAGCUUUUGGCGAGAAAGAAUGGUACUUCUUCAGCCCUAGGGAUAGGAAGUACCCGAAUGGAGCAAGGCCCAACAGAGCAGCUGCUUCAGGGUAUUGGAAGGCCACCGGCACGGACAAAGUGAUCGUGACUUCAUCUUCUUCAGCAUCCGCACAUCAGCACCACGAGAAACUCGGCGUGAAGAAGGCGCUGGUCUUCUACAAGGGGAAGCCUCCCAAGGGAAUCAAGACGAAUUGGAUCAUGCACGAGUACCGCCUCGCCGAGUCGCCCGCCUACAACAGUCGCCCCAAUACUAACCCCUUGAAGCUUAAAGAUUCUUCCAUGAGGUUGGACGAUUGGGUUCUGUGUCGGAUUUACAAGAAGACCAACUUGUCCCCUACCGCCGGAGCCUCGGUGGCCACACCUGAUCAAGAUCUGGAAGAAGAAGAGGAAGAAGGCCUCAGUAACAUUCACCAAAACGAAAUGCUAAAACCCUUCGCGGACAUCCCCAACAAUCACGUUCAAAACAACGGAGGCCUCAUGUCUCAGAAGUCCUCUUCGUUCUCCAAUCUAAUAGACGCCUUGGACUACUCGGUGCUCAGUAGCCUUCUAUCUGACAACACCCCGCAAGGGGUCGGCGUGCUCGGAUUCGACCAAUUAGCUCCAUUGAUUCCGAAUAACAGUAACCAUGUGGACAUCACUGAUCCGCACGUGUUCGGCAGUGGGACUUAUAAUAAUGGAAGCAGCAAUUGCUUUCCCCAGAAGCUGCCCCAGCUCAGCCCCUCAUCAUCAGCUCCAUUCAUGGAGGAGAACAGGCUCAAGCGUCACCGCUCGGACGCCGACACUGCGGCGUAUCAGGCAAAGAAGCUCCUCAGCCACUGCAGCUUCACCAACACUGCGAGUCAGGCGGCCGACUUUCCGCAGUAUAACUUGAUCAAUAGCUACCCAUUCUUGAACCAGCAGUUGCUACUAGGACCCAAUAACUACGCCCAUUUUCAUGGUUAAAACGGAUGGCGGAAAAGGCGAGAUUAAAAAGGGAAGAGACGAUUGUUUAUGGGUUGCGCCGGACGCGCGUGAUAUAAGUGAAGUAGGGUUUUUAGGGAAAUAAUAUUGGCUGUGCAUGCAUGAUUUUUCUCCCCCUUUGACAACGAGGGGAAUUAGAAGUGUAACCUUAGACUGUAAGGAUCCAGCAGAAAGAUGCGAAUGGAUUGAAACGGGAGGUCUAUGCUGAUGAAAACUUAAUCGGGUUUCCGUACGUGGGAUGUGAAAUGAGUGAAGAUUUUCGAGAAAAUUAUGCUUGAGUUAAAGUUAAAGUCGACAAAGUAGGUGCAUCCACACGAUUGAGCCCGCAGGAGUCUAGGACCAGGAGGUACCUAAAUGUCAUGAUUAUCAAAUCUAAGAACAUUAAUCAUUAAGAGGUCAAUCUGA